GUGGCGCCAAACAAAACCAGUGAACCCGAAGCACCAAGCCUUAUCGUGUCAGUGCCCCGAGUUUCAGAGGUUACAACACAACGAUGUCGUUAACAAUGGCUUCCCUCUCAAAGCCUGCCACCAGUGAACUUUUUCUCUACCCAAAAUGCUCCAAAUUCAUCCGCCAGAAAUUUCGAAUCAGAGCCUCCUCUGCUGCCCCUGGCGUCGACCUCAAGACCCUCGAAUCCGCCAUUGCCAAGAAAGAUAGCACUGCCGUUAAAGAGGCACUUGAUCAGCUGAAUGAAGUUGGUUGGGCCAAGAGAUGGAGUUCUCAGCCAUAUGUUUCCCGCCGUAUGGUCAGUCUCCAUUACAAACAUCUCUUCGGGAAUUGACAACUCUUGGAAUGAAAAAUGCCGAGAACCUUGCAAUCCCAAGUGUCAGAAAUGAUGCGGCUUUCCUUUUCACUGUGGUUGGCACAACAGGAUUUUUAGGCGUUCUUGCUGGUCAGCUUCCUGGGGACUGGGGUUUCUUUGUGCCUUACUUGAUUGGAAGCAUAUCUUUAGUUGUUUUGGCUGUGGGAAGCACUUCUCCUGGGCUUCUUCAGGCUGCUAUUGGUGGCUUUUCAUCAUUUUUUCCUGAUUAUCAGGAGAGGAUUACCAGUCAUGAAGCAGCUCAUUUUUUAGUUGCUUAUUUAAUUGGCCUUCCCAUUCUGGGCUAUUCGCUGGAUAUUGGAAAAGAGCAUGUCAAUCUCAUUGAUGAAAGGCUGGAAAAGCUGAUAUACAGUGGGCAGCUUGAUACCAAGGAACUAGACAGGUUGGCAGUGGUAGCAAUGGCUGGACUGGCAGCAGAAGGUCUGAAAUAUGACAAAGUGGUUGGUCAAUCAGCUGAUCUUUUCACUCUUCAGAGAUUUAUUAACAGAAGCAAGCCACAGCUUAGCAAAGAACAGCAACAGAAUCUCACUAGAUGGGCUGUUUUGUUUGCAGGAUCCCUCUUAAAAAAUAACAAGGUGAUUCAUGAUGCCCUAAUCUCAGCAAUGUCAAAGAAGGCAACUGUGCUGGAGUGCAUUGAGGCCAUUGAAAAAGCUUCAUAGUUAUUAGAUCAGAAUCUUCAUCAUACUUGAACUUUCAAACAUGUAGCUUUUCAUCAUUCUUGGCCUCGAGUCAUUUUUGCAAUGGAAGCAAUGUAGAUGGUUUUCAAGAGUACCUUUGCCUGCUAGGCUACAAAAUAUUUGUUCCCUAUAUGUAAUUAAUUAACAAUUAUACAUUAUAUAUAUAUAUAUAUAUAUGCUCUUGGGUAUUGCUGUUAUAUGCUCUGAGAGAUUGCAACUUCAACAACAGUUUGUUUGCCUACAAUAAAGUCUAUCUAUAUAGUUUUUGGCUACAGAAGAGAUUGAAUUUGAUGCUAUCUUACUUGAUCACUGGCUAAUCAACAGAUGAAAUCAGCAAAUAAAGAAAAAGCCAGACUUGUUCAUAGGUCUUAUUUUUGAGUUAUACAAAGUUUCUUAUGGAUACAUGGUUUACUGUAUAUACGUAGUUCUAUUACAAAAUAAAAUAAAAAGACGGAUGGCAAACCCCCGCCAUCCCCCCGGGGGUCGAGUUGUAGCCGCUUAUAGAAAUCUCAGCAUCGAUGAUAUUAUUACACUCGGCAUACAUUCUAUGUAAGUAUUACAGUCGGCCGUAUAUA